AUGGAUACUUGCAAUGCAAAGCCUCUUGAUUAUUACCAAUAUAAUCCUUUUUCCAGAAUAAACCGCUUUUCAAUUAUUGAAUCUACUCUACGAGAAGGAGAACAGUUUGCAAAUGCAUUCUUUGACACAAAUACCAAGAUCAAGAUUGCCGAGGCUUUGGAUGCAUUUGGUGUCGAGUACAUUGAACUUACCUCACCAGUAGCUUCCAAGCAGUCUCUCCAUGAUUGCCAAGCUAUUUGUAAAUUGAAUCUCAAGGCCAAAAUCUUGACUCAUAUCCGGUGCCAUAUGGAUGAUGCACGUAUUGCGGUCGAGUCAGGUGUUGAUGGAGUUGAUGUUGUUAUUGGGACAUCCUCUAUUUUACGCAAGUUUUCUCAUGGCAAAGAUAUGGACUAUAUUCUGAAGCAAGCUACAAAAGUAAUUACCUAUAUCAAGAGUACUGGGCUGGAGGUGCGUUUUUCAUCCGAGGAUUCGUUUCGAAGUGAUUUAGUUGAUUUGCUUACUCUUUACCGUGCUGUUGACAAACUUGGGGUGAAUAGGGUAGGCAUUGCAGACACGGUUGGAUGCGCUGAUCCUCGACAGGUGUAUGACCUGGUUCGUAUUUUACGAUCAGUGGUUAGCUGUGAUAUCGAGUGUCAUUUUCACAACGACACGGGUUGUGCUAUUGCCAAUGCAUACACUGCGCUUGAAGCAGGAGCUACCCACAUUGAUACAUCUAUCCUUGGAAUUGGAGAGCGCAAUGGCAUUACCCCACUAGGAGGGUUUAUCUCUAGAAUGUAUACUGCGAACAAAAAAGGGGUUAAGGGCAAGUAUAAGCUUGAGCAGCUGCGUGAUCUAGAGAAUCUGGUGGCAGAUGCAGUUCAAAUCCAGGUACCUUUCAACAACUACAUUACGGGGUACUGUGCCUUUACGCAUAAAGCAGGAAUUCACGCCAAAGCGAUUCUAAACAAUCCAUCGACUUAUGAAAUUCUUCGUCCAGAGGAUUUUGGUAUGGUGCGAUAUGUCAAUAUUGGGCAUCGCCUGACUGGGUGGAAUGCAGUCAAAAAUCGAGUCAACCAGCUCAACCUGUUGCUUAGUGACAAUGAGAUCAAAAAUGUAACUGCGCAAAUCAAGCAUGUUGCUGAUAUUCGGCCUCUGGGGAUUGAAGAAGUAGAUACACUUUUGCGAAAAUUUCAUGACAAAAUCAUUGGCAUUAGUGCUGAGCCGGAGCCGGAGCCAAUGCUUGACAGUUCUCCAAGAGCAUGUCUUGAGAACUGA